AUGCCUCGAGCUCCAAAGCGUCGGCGUUACAUGCUUGAGGAAGACCUGCAGGCCCAAAUUGAGACACAGGGCCUUGUGGAUGCACAGGCUUCCACACCUGUGGAUGAGGAGGAUACUUCCUCUUCCUCCUCCACUUGCUCCUCCUCUUUCCCCUGCUCCUCUUCCUCCACUUCCUCCUCUUGCUAUCCUCUAUUGUCAAGUACCCCAGAGGAAGAUUUUGGUUUUGAUGAGCUACCAAGUCCUUCCCAGAGUCCUCCAACAACCUUGUCUUCCCCCACUGUCAUGACCUCUACUCCAUGCAGUCAAUCUGAUGAGGCCUCCAGCCAAGGAGAGGAGGGUCCAAGUACCUCACAGGCCCUUCCAGGCAGUACAUCCUUGCCCAGAAGUGAGAUAGAUGAAAAGGUGAAUGAUUUGGUAGAAUUCCUACUCCUCAAGUAUCGAAUGAAAGAGCUGACCACGAAAGCAGAAAUGCUGAAUAGUGUCAUUCAAAAUUACCAAGAUCACUUCCCUGUGAUCUUCAGCGAGGCCUCUGAGUGCAUGCAGUUGGUCUUUGGCAUUGACAUGAAGGAAGUGGACCCCUCCAACCACUGCUAUGUCCUUGUGACUACCCUGGGCCUCACCUACGAUGGGAUGCUAAGUGAAGUCCAGGGCAUGCCCAAGGCUGGCCUCCUGGUACUUACUCUGAGCAUUAUAUUUAUGGAGGGAAACUGUGCCCCUGAGGAGGUUGUCUGGGAAGCACUGAGUAUGAUGGGGGUGUAUGCUGGGAGGGAACACUUUAUCUAUGGGGACCCCAGGAAGCUUAUCACCCACGAUUGGGUGCAGGAAGAGUACUUGGAGUAUCGGCAGGUGCCCAACAGUGAUCCUGCUCACUUCGAGUUCCUGUGGGGUCCGAGGGCCCACAUUGAAACCAGUAAAAUGAGUCUCUUGGAAUUUUUGGCUAAGAUCAAUGGGAGUGAUCCCAAAUCCUUCCCAGUGUGGUAUGAGGAGGCUUUGAGAGAUGAGGAAGAGAAAGCCCAGGCCAGAAUUGCCACAACAGAUGAUGCUACUACCAUGACCAGUUCAAGUUUUAGUGCCACUAGCAGUAUUUUCUGCCCAGAGUAA